AUGUGGAGAAUGACUCUGGAGGCGUCGGGCGUUCUCCUGCUAGCAUUCUUGUUGGGGAAUCUAGCUUUAGCUUGGUUUCAGAACGACAAGCGCGACACGACCGCCGACGAGCAGAGCUGCUUUUGCCAUCUGACAGGCGUGCUGGACGACUGCUUCUGCGAUGUGGAGAGCAUAGACGUCUUCAACAACUUCAAGAUAUACCCUCGCAUUAAGAAGCUAACCGAGAGGGACUACUUCCGCUACUACAAGGUCAACCUGAAGCGAGAGUGUCCCUUCUGGCCGGACGACGGCCACUGCGCCAUCAGGGACUGCCACGUGGAGCCCUGUCCAGAGAGUCGGGUACCCGCGGGCAUCAAAUCGGGCAAUUAUAACAAGUAUUCGCAGGCCGCCAACCAGCCCGGUGAUGCCGGAGAGUGUCAGCAGGCGCAAGAGUUGGGAGCCAUCAACAGCACGCUCAGCAAUCAGAGCAAAGAGGCGUUUGCUGACUGGGCCAGACACGACGACGCUCAGGAUCAUUUCUGCGAGCUGGAUGACGAGUCGUCGCCGGACGCCGAGUACGUGGACCUGCAGCUGAACCCGGAACGCUACACGGGAUACAAAGGUCCUUCGGCGUGGAGGGUCUGGAACAGCAUCUACGAGGAAAACUGUUUCAAGCCCAGGUCCGUCUACCGACCUUUGAAUCCUUUGGCCCCCAGCAGAGGCGAUGACGGUGAGAGCUUCUACAACUGGCUGGAAGGUUUGUGUUUGGAGAAGCGGGUCUUCUAUCGUCUCAUCUCGGGCCUCCACAGCAGCAUCAACAUCCACCUGUGCGCCGAGUACCUGCUGGACGAGGGCUGGGGCCGACCGGCCUGGGGCCCCAACGUGGAGGAGUUCCGCUCUCGUUUCGACACGGCCGAGACCAAGGGCGAGGGAGCGCGGCGCCUGAAGAACUUGUACUUCCUCUACCUGAUGGAGCUGCGCGCCCUCUACAAAGUGGCGGCCUACUUCGAGCGUGCCGUGGUGGACCUGUACACGGGCAACGGGCGCGAGGACGCCGACACCAAAGAGCUGUUGCUGCAAGUCUUCCACGAGAUCAAAAUGUUCCCCAUGCACUUUGACGAGAAGUCCAUGUUCGCCGGACACGAGAAGGAAGCACAAAGCCUCAAGGAAGAAUUCCGUCUUCACUUCAAGAACAUUUCCAGGAUCAUGGAUUGCGUGGGCUGCAGCAAAUGUCGACUCUGGGGGAAGCUACAGACGCAGGGGCUGGGCACGGCGCUGAAGAUCUUGUUCUCGGAGAAGCAGAUUAAGAAGCUUCCGGAACAUUCUCCCUCCAAAGGCUUCCAGCUGACGCGCCAGGAAGUGGUGGCCUUGAUCAACGGCUUCGCUCGGUUAUCCACCAGCAUCCAUCAGCUGCACAACUUCCGCCUACUGCUCAAAGAGCGCACGUGA